AUGAGGGUCAUUCGAGCAUACGACGGCCGCUCGAUCGUCGUCAAUCAGCCCCUCUCGCAGUUCGCCUCGCUCGAUGACCUCCUCGAUUGCCUCUCGCUCGCAACCGAGAUCCCCUCCGAUGCUAUCAUCUGCAUGACCUCGGACGGGAGCCAGCUCAAACAGGAGCUGCUCGAUCGCAUCGUUCAGCAAACCGCCACAUCUCCUUCUCUCUCUGCAUCCACUUCUGUUGUCAAAACAGACCCUUCCACAUCGGCACAUCAAGGCCCACAUGAUGACGCGCAACACGAUUCCAACACUCAAGAGUUCUUCGUCUACAACCGCGAAUUCCUCUACACCGAUCCGACAGAGCUGGCUACAGAGUUGGCGGAGCACACUACACUGGAAUCAGUACCGACAAUACCAGACGCCGAGCUCUCGUUCCCACCCACGCCAAAGUCACUCGAAGCUCUCGUAAGUUGGGCAGGGGAGGUUGCACGAACUGUCACUAAGCACGAGCAGUCCUGCCGUGAGCUGCUUGAGCGCAUCACGCUCAUCGCGCGCAGUCUGCAAGUCGCGCUGGCAAAUCUUCGAGAUCAUGCCAACAACAUCGAGAAGGGAGCUCAGGCUCUCAUCGAUGAUGUGGCGCAGAAGGAGCUGACGAGGAUGCAGAGUUUGCUGCAAGGCUACGAGCGAGAUCUUCGCAUUCUCGGCAUGGUCUCGAUCCAUCCUCGAUUGCAAUCUACGAGUGCUCAAAUGGCCAACGCUGCAGCUGCUUCGACCUCCUCUGCGCAAAGCGGGACCAGCAACGGACAGUCGGCAGCGAGCAAACCCAGACAUCGCACGCUCGGCGACUACAUCAGCAAGACCAAGAUGAGCGCGGUCGCCGACGCCUGCAAUCGAGUCUACUCCGAGCUUCGAGAGCGGAUCGAGCGGAUCGAGGCGGACCUCUCGCUCGUGCGCAACGACACCCAGGGUUUGUCUGACGAGGUCGAGUCGACGACCCCAGAAGUAGCUGACGAGACCUAUCAGCGUGUUGUGGAAGCAGAAUCACGUACUCGGCAGCUUCAUGCUUUCAUCCACUCGACUUGCUCACCGGACUCUCAAGGCUGGCCUGUCGCUGACAAAAUCAAUCAGGAUACCUUUGACGAGAUUGUUGGUAGCUCCGAAGAGCUAUUGUUGCUGGACGAGGUGGUGCGCGAAGGAGUGCAACGCUUGACGCAAGAUCGCAACGACAUCUUGGAGCGCAGUCUUCACCUGCUCAUCGACAUCUCGGGGAUCCAGUCCGAGUUCACCGAAACUGGCUCUCUACUAGCUGCGGUCGAUGCGGAUCUGCACUCGAACAAGCUCGAUGGCUUCAAGCACCUGCACCGCCUCAAGAACAUGCUCUGGGCCUAUGGUGCAACGGUUGUCGAGGUAGUGAGGCGGCGCGAGUUUGCCAAACACUUUCUCGGCAAGUCGCAGUCGCUCGCAGAACUCAUGGCGAAGGUUUCUGCGUCAGAAUGGAAGCGCAGGCAAUUCUAUCGCAGCGACGUAUCUUCACUGCUACCGUGGGAGGUCAAGGGCAUGGAUGACAAGCCGCCGAGCCUCGAGAUCACGACACCGCGAGUCAGCAGCGAGGGGAUGGCAGACCUGGGUGUCACCGACUUGCAGUCUCUCUAUGAGCUUCUCGAUCAGGUGGACCUUCGGCUGCGCGAGGACACCGACGGCAUGACAGGCGAUCCCAGUCCAAUCCCAGAGGUCAAAGCUGCACUGCAAGCCCUCGCUGCAGCGUUACAGGAUCUCGAUGAAGAGUUCAUCACUCUCGUCAAUCGCCAGCUCCUCAAUCGGGAAGACGAGGAAGGAUCGGAGGAGGAGGACGUAAACGAGAGCGGUUCUGAUACUUCGAUACGAGCGCGAAAGAGGUUCCGACGUCGUCAACGUCUUACGGCGUCCAUCGCUGCUGCCAACGAUCAAGAGCUCUCGCAGCUUCGGAGCGAGCUUGCUGCAGCCAAGUUCGCCAAGGACGAAGCAGCGAGGACGAUCAAAGCUGAACACGAAUCUCGACUUGUAGGUUUCAAAUCCGAGAUCGAGACUCUCAAGCGGCAGGUCGAGACCGGCAAAGCGGACGUGGCCAAGCUCGAAGCAGAGAAGCGUCAAGCUCAGAGUCGCAUCGACACCAUGGGCGCCGAUCUCGAGCUCGAACGAGAGCGUCGUCUGAACAUGGUCGACGAGGUCAGCCAGCUGCGCCGAGAUCUGGAGCAGAGCCAUCAAACGGAAGCCGAAGCGAAGCAGGAAGCGAUGGAGGAGGCGGACCGCGUUGCCGAGCUCGAGGCACAGGCUCACGAGCUGCAUGUCGAGCUUGAAGAGGCCAAGAGCGCGCGUAUUGACGCAAGCAACCGUAUCGAGGCGUUGCUGAGCGAAGGCUCCAGUGCAGAGGGUGAGCUUCGCACUGCGCAGGCUCGUAUCGACGAGCUCACUGAGCAGCUGUCGAACGCUCACGCAGACGCAGCCAAGGCACGCGAAGCAGCAGCCGAGGUCGAGGCCACCAAGGAACGACAGAUUCGAUCGCAUCGCGCCGAGGCUGAUGGGGAUCGCGCCAUUUUGGAAGAGAAAGUCCGAUCGCUCAAGGCAGACUUGGACGCCAAGGAGAAGCUGCUCGAGAAGCAGGCUGCCAUUGCCACGCGAGCUGAGCAGAGCCGCAUGCCUGAUCGCGAAGCCAUCGAGCUGUUGCGUGGCCAGCUGCGGGCUGCCGACAUUGCGCAUGAGGAAAUCGUCAAGGAGAUGGAUCAUGCCAAGGAGCUUGCUGACGAGGCAGAAGCCGCACGAAGGGAGGUUGAAGCCAGUCGACAGCUGCUGCUCGAGCGCACGCGUGGGCUUCUUGCCAAGACAAGCACACUUCGUAAGACGGUCCGCGCCAUGCCGACGCAUUCAUCGUCACGUCAGGCUUCGUCCUCCAGCACGGCACCUGUUGCCGACAAGUCGAUGGCUGCGAUGUCUGCUUCCUCUGGGGCAACCAUCGUGGCGCAACGAGCCAUCGCUGCAUCGGCAGGCAGUCUGUCGGCCUCCGAGCUCUCUGAAUCCCAGCGUCAGGUGGCCUUGGAAGCAUUCGACGCCGAGGCAGAAAGCGCAACGGUCGAGACGACCCUCGAAGCGCUGCGUGCCUUUGACGCCUCCGAGAUGUAUGACGAGGUCAAGGGCAAGCUCGACAAUCUCAACAUCAUCGUGCGCAAGUGGCAGAAAGCGUGGAAAUCGGCCAACGAGAAGGUCAAGAAAGCCGAGCAUGCUGCGCGGGACAAGAUCGCCUUCAAGAACUUCCAGGCUGGCGACUUGGCGCUGUUCUUGCCGACACGCAGCUCGAAUCUGGCAAACAAGCCGUGGGCUGCGUUCAACAUCAGCUUCCCUCACUUUUUCCUCAACGCCAAAGGACCUCUGGCCGAGCAGCUGCGCACGAAGGAAUGGAUCGUGGCACGCAUUACGAGCAUCACCGACAAGGUGGUGCCUGUCGCCGGCGAGGCGAAGGCAGAGGAGGAAGAAGACGCGAAUCCGUUCCGACUACAAGAAGGCGUUCGAUUCUUCUUGCUUGACGUGGAGACGUACAGCGGCCACAGCUCGGCACCUCCUCUGAGAAGUCGGAAGAGUUCGUCGGCUGCCAUCGGCGGGACGAACGGUUCGGAAGAUGCCACGAAUGGUCGAUCGGCAGGCAGGACUCAAUCACCUAGUCAUCCGAGGAGCCGAAGCGAAGGCGCGGUGACCAGCCUCAGGAGUCUGGCCGAAGAAGGUCGAGAUGCAAGCGCAGCCAAGCCGGAGCUUGCCGCAGAGGCGGAAGCAAUUGAAGCUUCGAAGCCGAAGGAGGACCCACAAGAGGACGAUCCAGCUGGACAGACGAGUGGAAUCUCUUUGCAGUCUGACAAAGCAGAUGGGCCCGAGCAAUCGACACCGCCGAUGCAGACGCCGAGCACUUCGCCACGCAUCGGGUCAGGAGCCGAGCUGUCCGCGCCUGCUUCAACCAAGAACCCAGAAUUGCCGGGACAAUUCGAUAUCAAAUCCGAGCAAUCCGAUCUGGGUGUAGAGCCGCACUCGUCCACGUCGGCAUCUGGCUUGACACGUGCUCUGCGCAGUGCUUCGCCGGCUUCGUCUCUUCGCGCAGACAGCGCCUUCAGUACCGUCGGCGGCGGCGUCAUCGGAAGGUGGAGAGCAAGCUCGGGCGCAUCCGCUAAUGCUGCACCCUGGCCUUCCCGCAGCAUUACUGGCAUUGUGGAAGAAGCAGACUCGCGCAAGGGCGACGUCAACGACGGCGACGCCUCCAGCACGACAGGUUCCACGAGCCAUCGGUCUACAUUGAUCGAGCAUGCCACCAUGCCACCGGCCUUUGGUCGUACGCCAAACAAGUGGCGCUUCGACGCUGCAGGAAGAUCGCAGAACGGCUCUCCGUCGAGUCGUAUUGGCGCUCGACGACACGGUGCUAUCGAGAGUCCCGACGCUCCGUCCUUUGAGGGUCGCACAGUGACGUCUGCUCCUGCAUCUCAGAGUCGGUCCGAAGGCAUCGCCAUCCGUGCAGUGCGAGCGCCGCAAUCGGAUCUGGUGGACACUGCUGUCUCGAAUCCGUUCUCGCAGUCACCUGGACCUGCGUCGCUACCGGUCGAUAGGGAAGGCAUGGGCACGCUUGGACGCGGUCAGCCGCGACGCAAGUCGAGUCUGCACAUCAGCACGUCUGCUGGCGAAUCUGGCAGUGGCAAGCAGAAGGACGACAGCAAUGUUGGCAAGGGUGAAGCCCCCAAGAUCCAGCGAUGGCCAAGUGAUGCCGUGUCCAAGGCCUCGCAGCGCACUGCGUCCUCAGCAUCGACCGCUUCGGCAUCAGACCAAGCGGUGGGCAUCCGCAUCAACGGGCGGAGCAUCGUCUUUGACACCGGUGGAUCAACGAGCAUCCAUCGCAGACAAGCAUCCUCUUCGUCGUCGGUCGCUCUCACCGGCGUCACUACCGCACAUGCCAUUCCCGGAGCGUUCCCCUCGUCCUUCUCUUCAUCCGGCUCACUUGCCGGGCCGCCUUCGCCGCUGAUCGGUCAAGUGGAAGACGCGGAUCCGUCCACUUCGGCUGCGGCAAAACGUCAAUCCUGGCGCUCACCCAGCUUCAGCAACUCAGCGCGCCCUGCACUCGCCUCGACCCAAAAGUCCUCGUUCCUCAGCCAGACGCUGGGCCGCUUCACAGGGGCAGCAGCGCAAGCGGUCCAAGCGCCGCCAUUUGCGCCCAUCCCGGGCGAUGCCACGGCGAGGCGGGGGUCGCAGUCCAGGCCGUCGCUGUUUCAGGCUAUUGCACCGAUAGAGGCGGAAGCAGGGCAGGGCACGCCAGAGUCGACGUCCAGUGCAGAGGGCUUGUUGAAGCGAUUGGGUGGGCAGGGUCGUUGA